UUAGUCUCACUACUAGAACAAGCAUCAAAAACGACCAGCACGCCGACCGCCAAGUCCGAUGGUGUAGCAUCCGCCGUGGACUGCUGUUCGCAUCCUUCAUCUGUCUCGUCUCGUAUUGCAAUCACUGCCAAACAUGAGAAAUGAACCAUUUGUGCACUGGGACUGGAUGCUCUUACCGGCACACCCCACUUCCGCCAUGACACCCAGCAGAGGAUUCUGGGAUUGACGCAAGCAUCACUCCCACUGAUGGCCUGGACCAGGUUUCAGCUGGCCUGCUGAAGCUAUGGGGAGCUGCUGGAGCUGUCUAUACAGAGAUACUAUCCGAGACAACCAUCUCAACAAAUUUAAGGUGACUAAUGUGGACGAUGAGGGAAAUGAGUUGGGCUCAGGAACCAUGGAGCUCACACAGACAGAGCUCAUUCUGCACACACGCAAACGGGAUGCCAUCCGGUGGCCAUACCUGUGUCUGCGCCGAUACGGUUACGAUUCCAACCUCUUCUCUUUCGAGAGUGGCCGUCGUUGUCAGACAGGACAAGGGAUCUUUGCAUUCAAGUGCUCUCGUGCAGAAGAGAUCUUCAACCUGCUGCAGGAGUUGAUGCAGUGUAACAGCAUCAAUGUAGUGGAGGAGCCCAUGCUCAUGACCCGGCCCGGGCAUGCGCCAGAGAUGGACAUGCCUCGAACUCCACAGACACCCAACACCCCUGGAUUCCCAAUGCAGGGUUUUCCUAAUGGAUACCCAGGAUACCCAAUCAGUGCAGACUCAUCGCAGCCCUCUCUCCCCAACGACCACAGACUCAGCCUCAUGGGACUGGAUGACCAAACCCAUACGUAUGUGAAUACAGUGGGCAUGGAAACUGACCUCUCAAGCCGCCACUGUGUCCACUCCCUGCCUGAAGUACGGCCCACCACCUACCCAGAAACCUCAACUAGCACCACCAUACGUGGGGGCCCAGUCCCAGGCCAGCCCAGCAUGCACUGCUGCCCCCUGGACGACCCUCACAAAGACCCUCAGGUCUUCCUCCAGCCUGGAGCCCAGGAGGUGAAGUUCAUGUUGGGUCCGACCCCAGCACAGCGCCACCUUAUGGAAAGAGACAGAGACCGCCACGUCACUCACCCGCUUCGAGCGGCAGAUGGCAGCUCCGAAACAGAAGGAGAGGAGACUCCGUCUGUACACAUGUGCAACACACACUCUUACCACCAUUGCCAUCAUCUAAUGCACCGACACUCUAGCAUGGAGCCUUGCCCAGAAAGUCAGCUGACGUACGAGAAUAUCAACGGACUCCGAGGAGCACGUAGGCAAAGGCUGAGUCCGAGCACUGUGUCUCAAUCUCAGUCUUUGGGCUCCAGUAGCAGUAGCAGCACCACCGGUGAUUCCCGCACACACACGCAUCCGCACUCCCUGCCGCUCACACACACGCACCCUUCCUCACUGCCUCCGCAGGGAUACGGCUGUGACCGGGGAAUGGGGGUCAGUGGUCAUCGGCGCACAGCGUUGCUCAACUAUGAGAACCUUCCAUCGCUCCCCCCGGUUUGGGAAUACCGUGCGCUUCAGCGUGAGGAAGAAGAGGAUCAGGAUGAAGACGAGGAUGAGGACGAGUAUGAAGAGGAAGAGGAAGAAGAAUAUGAUGAGCAUGAAUAUUCUGAAGGGCCCGCAACCCCAAACGGAUACCAUCAGGAGAGUGGCGGCAGCGCUGGGAUUCAUCGUGAUGCCCUGCAGAACUAUGUCAACACUGAACAGCUCCAGCCUCCGACACGUCUCCGUCACGCUUGCCCUCCGCACCCUCACCCGCCUGAGAGGCCCAACCGGGUUUUCAACUUCGAUUUCAGACGUCAGCGAGCAGGACGUGGCAGCACCACCUGCGAGCAGCACAGCCGUCACCCGCCUCCUCCUCCCUCUCGCCAGCUCAACUACAUCCAGGUGGAGCUGGAGGCUGAGCCCUCCGGUUGCUCGGGACAUGGAGGCGGGGCUCCGGUACCAAAGAGACCUCCUCCCCUCAGACGUGGGAUGGCUGCCGCCGCAGCCGCCCCAUCCUCCCGCCGUGGAGAAUGCUACGCCGUGAUUGACCUGAAGAAGACAGCAGCCAUGUCCAACCUACAGAAGGCUCUCCCUCGGGAUGACGGCACCUCACGGAAGACACGGCACAACAGUACCGACUUGCCUCUGUGAGAGUGAAAUAGAGAGUUACAGGUAUGACAGGAAUAAAAAUGAGGGGAAAUGUUCAGGAAAGAGAAAGUUUUGGUGGUAUUUUCCUCCCACCAUUAUAGUGAAGCCUCUAUUUUCUCAUUUUCUACACUCAUACCAACUGCUGCUUGAUGAAAUAGUAACUCCAUUGAGCCAAACACUGAGCAUUUUAUCUAUUUAUUUUCUCACAUUCUGCGUGGGAAGGUUGUGAAUGGUAGUUAACUACUUAUCACCGUGGUUUUGGGUUGCUGUUUGGGCUUUGGGCCAAAGAAAUGGGUUCAGAAAAAAAUACUUCAUUCAGGAAACAAUGUGCAGUGUUUCUAAGUGUCUUAAGUUUUGUUUUUUAUAUUUGUCAUUUAUCGUUUUUUGAUUUAAAGGGAUAGUUCACCCCCAAAAAACCCAAAAGACUGCAGCCUGCUAGAUAACUACAAUAUCACAUAUAUUUUGAGUGAUAUUAAUAUGAAUAGAUGAUUUUUAGGGGAACUUUUUCUUUACUUUUCAGUAAGGCAGCACAGUAUUUUGACACUUGAGCAGAACAGACUUGAAACCACCAUAAGUGUUUUAUUACCACAUGUAAGAUCAUUUCAUAAUUAUCGAAUAGAUCUAGUUUCUUCUGUAACUAACUGAAGACAAGAUCUUCAUCGUGAUAAAGAUACUCCAGCAGUCUCUCUCAUUGUCUAUUUCAGUUCCCAUAUGUAGCUAAGUGGAGGCCACAACGAGGAUGAAGAGCGCUAAUUGUUCAGUAUUUAAUAGCCUCUUGAUUCUCCGAUCCUCAGGAAUUGAUUCGAUCAAUUCAGUUUGCACUUAUAGUUCUCAAAUUGUAACUGAGGCCUCCCGUUAUUUCCUAAUUUCCCACUAAGUUAUGGCAAAUGAAAGUUUACACAAUUAAAAGUAGUUAUCCAGAAUAUGAUCCAUUAUAUCUCUCUGGGUUUGUGGUGGUUUUGAAAUGGAGAAUUCGUUGUUUUCAAGCGCUAAGUUUGGAGUGCUAAAAUCCAGCUCUUAGCACCAUUAUUAGUCUUUUUUUUUUUAGAACACGGUCAGAUAUUAUUUUUCAUGUUCCCAGAAAUGGAAAGGAAAGAGCAAUUUAAAGUGGAUAUGUGCAUUGAAAGAUAAGUAAAUCAAUAUUUUCAAGUAAAAAAGAAAACAAAAAAUAGUAAAAUUAGUUAAAUAAAGUAAGAUACAAUAAAAAAACUGCUAUUCUCACAUCCCCAGUGACAAUAUACCUGAGAGUGAUGAUUCUCUGUGAAUUUGAGAGUGUAUUUAUGUACAUCUAUGUUUUGUAAAGCUACGUAAAGCACCAUAUGCAUAUUCAGAAGUAAGAAUGUUAAUUAUUUUUUAUAUCUUAAAAAAAUAUGCCAGGAAUCACGAGGCAAAACAUAUUUAUUUAAUUUAGAAUUAUUUCUCUAUCUAGCUGUAUGUUCGUUUAUUUAUGAAUUAAUUUAUGGUUUUGUAUUUGAAUUAUUCGUAAAGUAGACCUGUUGUUAGAUUAGUCGUUUUAGAGAUACCAAAGGUGGGAUGGGAAACCACAGAAUCUACCUUGGUAUUAUUUAAUGUCUUUUUUAAACUGCAGUUUCAUGUUGAAUAAUAACUGUAUUUGAACAUAUUGUGCCAAAAAUAUAAUGAUAUCACUGAACUAUGUGCCAUUGGUAAAUGUUGAAUUUUAGGGCUAACAAUCAGCAACAUGUAAAACAUAAAUGCAGCUGUUCUUUACAAUUACAUCAUGAUCAGUUCAGGGCUUGAUAAUAUUUUGUCUACAAGUAUACUUAAAAGACUUGUCAGUGUAUUCCCAAUGAAAUCCCAUUGUGUCUAUCCUAAAUAGUAGUAGGUGAUAUUUUAUAGUCUUUAACAUUACUGCUGUUUUUCAUUGGAAUUUCAUAAAUCAGCUAUUUUUAUAACACAGUUGGUGUUCUAAAAUAGUUACACAUCUUUAGUUUUUUUUUAAUUUUAGCAUUUGCUUUCUUAUGGUUGUUAAUUCAGCCCUAAAAUGAAUUGAUCUCUCACCGCCGAUACUGAUGUAGCUAUACAAAUCUGAAGUUAUGAAAAUUUUGCUAGGGACCUCGAAGAGCAGAGGUUUUUAUCUUACAUGCUGGGCGUGGUAGACACAGUUUUCAAAAUUUUACUGGCAGCCAUAUUGUUCUGAGUGCAGGGCUUUGUGGGCCUUACUUAUUGUACUCCUAUUUUUAGGCAAAAAGCUGAUCAUAACUGAUAACUUAGAAAUAUCUAAUGUUGCACUUACCGUUUUAAUUCCAUUGGAAACUAACGGCAUCACAGUAGAUUUAGAUGUUUUACCAGAAGCCAUAACUGAAAGAAAAUAUUUUAAGGGUCAGGUACUGGAAAAUGUUCAGCGUAAUAAAUGUGAUUUAUUUAUUUUUGAUCACCAAAAUAUUCAAAUUUAAAGAUAAAAGUGAAAAUAAAUGACUAUAAUAGAUUAUAUGCUACAUUCUUUUAAUUUUGAGAGACUUGCAGCUCAAUACAAUAUUGCUGCCAAAUAGUAAUUCCAAAUCAAAUCAACAUAUUACACUCACAAUAUUGUACAUUAAGAAUGCGAUGAUGAACUAUUUGGACACUUUUAGACACUUUUCAGAGGAUCGAUCUAGUUUUUAACAUCUAUAUUUUGGUAUUGUGGUAUGAUAAACAUUUUGCAAUAACAGCUAAUGGAGUCAUAUCCGAAUUAGUUUGAGUUGUUCACGAACAUGUUCUGUGAUACAAGUCACAGUUGUGUGUGCAUUCAGAAAGGACUGGAUCAGCAGUGGCUUUACUGCCUUUCUCAGGCCUCAUCUUGAUAAACAUGCGCUUUGUGUGUAUUUAAACCAGGCUUAAGGAAAUAAAACAAAUCUAGUCAUCUUGUCUGUAGGUGUGGGAUCAUUGUGCCAUAAGUGAUUUUUCGCCACUCUUUUAAAAUAAGGUGUAACUAUAGUGGAAAUUUAAAGGUAAAGUAGCACAUACUAACUAGAAUCCUGUGUUGACUUUGAUUGCGUGGGGCCACUUUGGAGUGUAAAUGCUUGUUUUGUUGGUUUGUUUAUUUGGUUUAUGUUUUUAUACCUUCCACACACCUCAUUCAUUUCAUUCAUUAUCAGCCCUUGAGUUACGCAUUAGACCAAGGUUAAAUGCACUGAAAUUGUAAUGAGGUGAGCAAUCAUCUGGAAGUACUGUAAGUCCCUAUGUGAAAUCAUGAUUUUGCUAAAUUUCCAAGAUGUAUAAUGACUGAAUGUGCUUAUUGCCAUAAAUGGGAAAUAUUUUAAACCUUUCAGUUUUUUUGUUUCUAUAAAAACCAACAUUGAACCUCUCAUCGAAUGAUUUUAAUUCGGUUUCUCAUCUAAACGUGGGAUGGUAUUCCACUUGAAGAGGGUUUCGCAGUGACCUUAUCGAAUGACCUGUCCUAUUGGCGGUAGAUUUACAUUGUCAUAAUAAAGCUUAGGCGAAGCUCAAUGACUGUGAUGUACUGUACAUUAAUGUGAAUGUGUCUCAAAUGUGUCAGAGUUAAAGAGAGAGAACGAGAGCUGCCCGUGCAUGGACUCUUUACCGGAGACUGCAUUUCUGAAGCUCCUCAAACCGUCUCGCUCUCAAACUGUCUUACACUCUGUAUGAAUGUAACACACAGAGAUGAACUUGUAAAAUGCUCAGAUGAGGUGAUUUACACUCAACGUUUCUAUCCUCCCCGAUGAAAAGAUGUGUUAAUGUUAAUGUUUUGUCUCAAGAAUUCCGAUUUCGAUUCGAUUUUUUGAUUGUUUCUUUAUAUACAGUAUUUACAUUUUCUUGUAUGUAAUUCUGUGUAUGUACAUAACAUAUAUGGGUAUGCAGUUGCAGUCAGCUUCUCCUGUGUUUGUUUGUGUUAGCGCAACAGACACUACUUUUGCCACAGCCAUUUGUAGAAAGAGCAAUGCCUUGACAGUCAUUCAAUUAGAUGGACAUUGCAGUCUCUAUAAACAGAUUGGAGAUCUCCUAUAUUCUGUUGAUGUUGCAGUCUCAACCCCUCCAUUCUUACAAUGCAAAGCAGGCAUGCCCCAUGUUGAAUGUUAUUUUCAGUCAAAUAAACUUUUGAAGAGAAAGGCUUGUAUAAUAAAAAUGAAUGUGAUUAAAUGUAAUGUCAACAUUAAA